AUGCAGAUCGCAGCAGCAGCAGAACCGGGCGCUCGCCAGACGUUGCUGCUGGGUGGCCGCGGCAGUUUCUUGGAAGUUUCCCAUAAAGAGGCUGUCUUACCUGUUACUAUGAAAAGGCUCCCACAGAGGCGAAAUGCGGGCUUUGGGGGGCUUAGCGCCAGUGUGGCGGUGCUCGCAGCAAUCUCUGCUGUUGCAUCAGCUUACUUAGUACUCCGCUGCGCCAAGUAUAUGGCGAACGCCAGCAAGAACACGGAAGCAUUGAGGUUUCUGGCAGAUGCACACGGGAAGACGAAUAAAGAACCGCGAGAGCCUUGCAGCGCUCCGGAAGAGGAGCCCCCUGCUUCAGCCGCAGCUGCUGGUGCAGCUGCUGCUGCAGGGGAGGAGGAAGAGGAAGAAAGCCUGGUUAAACAGGAACUCUUGGAACGGGUUUUCCUUCAUGCUGUUGAACUGAAUCGAUUAGUGGAUAUCAGCGAGCCUGUGGUGCGGCAGCUGAAACCCAAUAUGGGAGCCCAGUGCAUAUCAGUGUUUUUGCGUCUGGCGUUGGUGGAGCUUUCUGCAAUGUUCGCCUUGUUGGACGAAAAUGAGAGGUAUCACGUGAAUAGAGAAGUACGCAGACUUUACAGUCAAAUAUGGACACUCCGCAAUAGCAUAGGAACCAUGGGCAUUUCCACGUCACGGUAUCGGCAUAUCAAAUGUCUCCACGUAUUCCUCGGCAGGCUCAAAGAAGUCAAACCAGUUACAGCCGCUCUCGGGGAGAGGCAGAGGCUGCUGAUGAUCAAACAGCUGCUGCAGCUGCAAGAGAUGGCCUUGGAGCAACUUAACACCGGAUUAUUCUGGCUGAGUGUGUGUGUGAAAGACCCAACGAAGGCGCAUGAUAACGCCAGGGCUGCUGCUGCAACUGCUCACGGCUGUGCUGUUGCUGCUGAAGGUAGUGCAACUGCUGCAGAUGCUCGCGUUGUUGCAGUUGUCAAGUCUAUGGAAGUGACGGUGAGCAGACGCAGGGCGCAAGUUCUUGGCGAUCCGCUCCUAAGCGGUUGGCUGCGGGAGUUGCACACAGAAAACAUUCAUUAUGGCCUUAUUGUUCGUGAAGCUAUCCUUAGGCUAACCCGACCAAAUAACCAAAGCCAUCGCGAACGCGUAAAAGCUUUGCAGGACACUCCGCUGGCACAGGGAGACGAACCCUGGAAGUCCACUGACCUGAACGUUAUCAAAGCACAGGAGUCAGCCGCGGCAUCCACCGUCGGCGGGCUUCUCAUCCCAGGAGAUCAUGCGUCACCUGGAGGGGAAAGACUUGCUUCUCUGUCUCCGAGGCGAUCGAAGGUUUCUUCCCAAGACGCAAGGAGAGGGAAUGGCACGGCGGGGGCCACUCCCGUUUCAUUGCCUCCCAGCACGUCCACUGCUGCUGUUGCUGCUGCUGCUGAGGGAGGUCAGGAGACUUUUAGAAGACCCAGCUGCCAUAUGGAGGAGCCUCUCCUUGGUGUGUCUAGUGCGCUUUCACAGGUAUCUGCACCUGCCGCUGCAGGCCGUUCUCAAAUUGCUACAGUUUCCGCUGCUCUCCGACGGGCUGGUCUCCCUUAUGUCAGCACUAACCCUCUGGAAGCCACAUGGGUCUCCAUGGCUUCUGGCGUCACUUCUGUUGGGAAAUCGUCCAACUCCCACCUUUCUCCUGAAGAAAUCCCGAGGGCUUCGCAAGGCUCCUUCAGGGCAGCUGCUUCUGCUGCUUCCGCUUUCUCCCCUGAAGCCUUCGCUUUGUCGACGGCAAACGCUGGCACUCAGCGGGUUGCACCUGCCGUUUCAUCUGGUGCAUUUUGGCCUUCAUUAGUAACCUAUGGCAAAUUGCCUGUAGACCCGCAUACCUGGCCACCAGUAUCCGCCUCGUCGCCUGCUGGUUCUAAGAGCUCGCCAGGAGCAUCAGGGCCCCGUUUUGGGGGUCCUUUGCUACCCCACGAGCGGCCCCAUACAGCUCCUGGCCCUUCUACUUCCAGUUUCGGGGCCGCAAAAGCCCCGCUGUCGCAGACCAGAGGGACAUACGGAAGCGCUCUUCAAGGGGCAGCGCAAUUUGCGUCGGCGUCUUCGGGCGCAUCUGCCUCUCAGCGUCUUCCCGCCUCCACCUUAAGGUCGGUGGAAUCUCAUUCAUCUUCAGAAACAAAACCGCCGGGGAUUCCUGUAGACAUCUACGGCACGCCACUCGAUUUCAGGUUAUGGGGGCUAGGCGAAGCAGCCCCCUACAGACCCGUUGCGGGCGUCUGGCCCAAUGAAGAGCCCGACGAGCCAAGUCAGGAAGCGAUUGAUGCAGGAUUUGAGCAGCUUGCAAGACUCUUCAGUGGGGCACCCGAGCAACAUCCGGGCGAAACAAUGCACCCCAGAUAG